UUUCAAGUACUUUUACUCCAGUAAAGUGUACUUUAUAGCCUGUUGCUGCCUUCUGUUCUAACGCCAGUUUGCGACAGUUGUCGUCGUCAGACGGUAACGUAAAGCGGAGGAGAAGACGUGAACGUGUGCAUCGUCCUGGAGCCCAAAGAACCCCAUCAGAUGGAGAACUACCAUAAGACUCGUACGGUGGAGCGUCCGUCUGUCUGUCCCUUCUCUGGCCUCCCCCCCGACACGCCGGAGGUCCGAGUGAGAGACGGCAGCAAGAUCCGCCACCCUCUGCGUUACGCGCUGAGCCGCAUGGAGGGGCCCCGGGAGGCGGGGCCUCGGGAGGCGGGGGAGAGCCGGCCGUUGUGCAGACAGAUGGUCCUCACUGCCAGCGGGGGGGGCGUGUCCAAGGCCAUCACGUGUGCCGAGGUGGUGAAGCGCCGCGUGCCGGGUCUCCACCAGACCACCAGGCUGCAGUUCUGCACCGUGGACGAGGUGUGGGACCCGCUGGAGGCCGGCGCCGGCCUGGACAGCCUCACCGUCAGCAGGAACGUCCCCUCCAUCUGGAUCCUGCUCUCCAGAGACACGCCGGACCGCAGCCGGCCCGGCUACCAGGAGCCGGGACGCCACGACGGCCUCUGGGCCCACCGGGAGGACGGGGGGGGGCAAGCUGGACCCACACCGGGGCGCAAGAGGAAGAAGGGAGGAGCAAGAGGACAGGGACCCGGACGUCAGUCUGGACCAUCCACUGAGGCUAAAGGACAGAGUUGACUUUGAGGACACUCGGUGGACAUCUAGAGGACACUCUGGACAUCUAGAGGACACUCUGGACAUCUAGAGGACACUCUGGACAUCUAGAGGACACUCGGUGGACAUCUAGAGGACACUCUGGACAUCUAGAGGACACUCUGGACAUCUAGAGGACACUCUGUGGACAUCUAGAGGACACUCUGUGGACACCUAGAGGACACUCUGGACAUCUAGAGGACACUGUGUGGACACCUAGAGGACAUUGUGGACACCUAGAGGACACUCUGUGGACAUCUAAAGGACACUCUGUGGACAUUUGGAGGACUCAACGCUUUGUACUUCCCACAGGACCUGAGGACGGAAGUUUGAUUCACUAAAAAGUCUUAAAGAUUUAUUAAUUUUG